UUUGUUCCAGCUGGAAUCGCUGGCAUGAUUUUUGUUCUGAGACACAGCACCCCUACUGCCACACAGUCCACACUGAAAUCAAAAUAGAACCUCUAUUAGGAGUUCGGACAAUUUUGACUUAAACAUAGAUCAAAGCCAACUACCAGCUGUUAUGAUGCAUUCACCUCUAGAUCAAGAUGCUGCCUGCUGUGGGGUGUGGUGGUGGUGGUAGCGAUGGUUUUGUUGCCCACGACAAACCAUUUUGUUGAAGCAGAGAUUUGUGAUGAUGCUUCCUCGAGUCAUAAUUGCAGUGUCCAAUUGUCAACUCGUUGGGUAAUGUAUUGGCUUCAUUUAUGACAGUUUUUAUUUUUCCAGGUACCAGGCUGCCCCACUUAAUCAGGAGCAUGGCAGCUGCUUUCAUGGAACUGGGCAUAAUGCCCGAGAUAGGGGAGGCAGUGAGUGAGCUGGACUGGCUGCUGCCCACUGAUGUUCAGGCCGAGGCUGUGCCUCUGAUUCUUGGUGGUGGUGAUGUUCUCAUGGCUGCUGAAACUGGAUCUGGCAAAACUGGUGCCUUCUGCAUGCCCAUCCUUCAGAUUGUCUGGGAGACACUGAAGCACAUUGAGGAGGGAAAGGGCGGCGGCGGUGGCGGCCUGUCAGCUCCGCCAGCUGAUGACAAGUGGGCGAUGUCGCUGCGGGACCGAGGCGAGCUGCUGGCAGUGUCUCCGGACGGUCUGGUGUGCCAGUGUCGCGAGCAGCGCGCCUGGUACGGAGUGCGGGCGACGCGCGGUCUACGGCGCGCCGGCCGCUGGUACUAUGAGGCCACGGUGACCGACGAGGGUCUGUGUCGCGUCGGCUGGUCCACGCGCCAGGCCACUCUCGACCUGGGCACCGACCGUGGCGGAUACGGCUACGGAGGCACCGGCAAAAAGUCCAACAACCGCCAGUUCGACGACUACGGAGGUCCGUUCGGGAAAGACGACGUGAUCGGUUGCUACCUUGAUCUGGACAACCUCGAGAUGUACUUCUCUAAGAACGGAAAAGAUCUGGGAAAGGCGUUUGACAUCCCAAAACAGGUGGCAAACGAAGGUUUGUUUCCCGCAGUCGUACUGAAAAACGCUGAGAUGGCGUUUAACUUCGGCGACACCAGUUUCAAGUAUCCACCAAGCCAUGGUUUCGUGGCCGUCAGUAAAGCACCGGAAGACAGCACCUUGAACAACGCUGCUUCGGCGCCGCAGACAACGGCGAAGCGCGGAUACGCCAAAAAUGCUCCCCAGGCCAUUAUUCUGGAACCAUCUCGUGAGCUUGCCGAACAAACGCUGCGGCAAAUCCAGCUGUUCAAGAAGCAUCUGAAAGCUCCAACAGUGCGGGAGGUGCUUCUCAUCGGUGGUGUGCCGGCCCGCGAACAGCGUGACCAGGUGUUAGCGGGGGUCGACAUCGUGGUGGCCACACCGGGUCGAAUCGAGGACUUCAUCAACAACGGCGACGUACGGGUGGACGCGUGCCGGUUCUUCGUGCUGGACGAGGCGGACGGGCUGCUGAAGCAGGGUCACGAGAAGAUGAUCAACCGUCUGCACGCGGCGAUCCCGCAGGUGACGCCGGACGGGGCGCGGCUGCAGAUGGUCGUCUGCUCGGCCACGCUGCACUCGUUCGAGGUGAAAAAGAUGGCCGGUAGACUGAUGCACUUCCCUACCUGGGUGGACCUGAAGGGCGAGGACGCCGUGCCGGAGACGGUCCACCACGUGCUGACCAUGAUCGACCCGCGCACCAACGCCUCAUGGACCGACCUCAAGCAGCGCGUGCAGACGGACAUGGUGCACGCGAAGGACAACGUCCGGCCCGGCUCGAACUCGUCAGAGACGCUCUCCGAGGCUGUCAAACUACUCAAGGCAGAAUUUUGUGUCCGCGCCAUCGACGUCCACAAAAUGGAUCGUGCACUCAUCUUCUGUCGAACCAAGCUAGACUGUGAUAACUUGGAGCGGUACCUGGUUCAGCGCGGCGGCGGACCGCGUAGCCCCAACAACCCCUACUCGUGCGUGUGCCUGCACAGCGACCGCAGCGUCGGCGAGCGAAAGGAUAACCUGGAGCGCUUCAAGCGACAGGAGGUGCGUUUUCUGAUCUGUACGGACGUGGCGGCCCGCGGUCUGGACAUCACCGGCCUGCCGUUCAUGAUCAACGUCACGCUGCCGGACGAGAAGACGAACUACGUGCACCGUAUCGGCCGCGUGGGCCGCGCCGACCGGAUGGGUCUGGCCGUCAGCCUGGUGUCCGCUGUUCCGGAGAAGGUGUGGUACCACGGCUGCCCGUCGCGCGGCAAGUCCUGCAUGGACACUCGUCUGACGGAGCGCGGCGGCUGCUGCAUCUGGUACGACGAGGUGAAGCUGCUUGGAGAGAUCGAGGAACACCUGGGUAUCACCAUCCCUCAGGUGGGCAACGACCUGCGCGUGCCCGUCAACGAGUUUGACGGCAAGGUGGUCUACGGCGAGCGGCGCCAGGAGAGCGGCACCGGAUACCAGAACCACGUGGAGCAGAUGGCCUCCACGGUCCGCGAGCUGGCCUCGCUGGAGACGCAGGCGCAGACGCUCUUCAUUCGACGCCACCUGCACCGGUUGACCGCCUGAACGGCCACCCCCAGCCCCGCCCGAUGUGAUAUAGGUACCCUGUCCUGCCAGUGAUCUGGAAAACCUCAGACUAUGCUAACCACGACAGACGGCCCUCGGCUGAGAAGCGGCCUGGCAGGGCGCGUAUGAUCGUGGUUGUUUUGGACGUUUCUGCUGUGUAGUGGGUCUUGUUUUGCACUGGUUCGUUUCAGUCACUAUGAGCGAGCCAUCGUUUUGUUACGAGCGAUUCGAAAAUAUAUGUCAGCUAUGAACAUA